GGGUUACGGCUUGUACCGCCACCACCACCACCACCCACCACCCACCACGAGAAUCUCUCCAAACAUCGCGACCUGGCGCCGUUCGCGAUGUGGUGCCGGGUCGUCGCUGGCUGCGGGGGAGGUGCCGUGCGCCAGGCGCCGCCGUGGCCUCCCGGCCGCGCCGCUCGCCUCGUCCACCUCGCUGGCGCGGCGACGAGAACCGUCCUGCUAAGGCCGCCGCCACCGCACGCCCGGCACCUGAGUCUCGGCGGCUCCCUGGCCUGGCAGCGAGCGAAGCCCCGGGCCCCGUCGGCUCUGCGAGAAGACGCCGCCGGAUCCCCCCACCGCGACCCCCCCUCCCCGCCCUCCGCCCUCGCGACCUCCCCGCGACCCCCGACGAGGGACGAUGACGACUGCACCGGAGCGGCGGCGGCGGCCGGGGAUGGGGACGCCGACGACCGGAGGUCCCGCCCGCAGCGGUGGCACGAGGUGCGGGUGGAGAUGUCCGAGCUGCCCGGCAUCUACGCGCGGCUGUCCAAGAUCCGGCUGACCACCCUCGUGGUCAUCACCGCCGCGGCCGGCUACGCGAUGGCGCCGGUGACCUUCGACCCCGCCGUCCUGCUGUUGGCGUCGCUCGGCACCGGGCUGACGUCGUGCGCCGCCAACACCAUCAACCAGUACUUCGAGGUGCCUUUCGACUCCAACAUGAACCGCACCAAGAACCGACCACUCGUCAGGGGUCAGAUCAGCGCCCUCCACGCCGUGACGUUUGCGUCGGUGUGCGGGGUGAGUGGCCUGUCGCUGCUCGCCGUGCUCGUGAACCCGCUCACCGCCGCCCUCGGCGCUUUCAACCUGGCGCUGUACACGUGCGCCUACACCCCGCUCAAGCGGCUCAGCAUCCUCAACACGUGGCUGGGGUCGGUCGUGGGCGCCAUCCCGCCCGUCAUGGGGUGGGCGGCAGCCACCGGAUCCAUCGACACGGGCGCGCUGCUGCUAGCCGCGCUGCUCUACAGCUGGCAGUUCCCGCACUUCAAUGCGCUGAGCUGGAGCCUGCGCGAGGACUACUCGCGGGGCGGCUACCGCAUGAUGUCCGUGGUGGACCCGGCGCUGUGCCGCCGGGUCGCCCUGCGCCACACGGCCGCCCUCCUGCUGCUGCCCCUGCUGUGCCCGCCGGCGGGCCUCACCACGUGGCUCUUCCCGCUCACGUGCCUGGCGCCCAACGCCUACAUCGGCGUGCUGGCGCUGCGCUUCUACACGCGCGCCGACCGGCCCAGCGCCCGCCGCCUCUUCUUCUGCAGCCUCUGGUACCUGCCCACCAUCGUGCUGCUGAUGAUCCUGCACAAGGCGAGGCGGGGCGGGGGCGGCGCCGGCGACGCCGCCGCCGCUGCCGCCCUCCCGGUCGCUACUCCGAACGGACGGACAUCAGGCGACGAUCUUCGGCCGGAGGCCGCGCCGGGCUUCUGAGCGGUCGCCACCCCCCCCCGCCCCCCACCCCUUCCCUGCC